AUGGAUGUGAUUACACUGGAGAGGAUGCAGAGAAGAUUCACCGGGAUGUUGCCCUGGGCCAGAGCGAUGGCCAGAGGCUGGAUAAACUCGGGUUAUUUUCUUGGGGAGCAGAGAAAGCUGAAGGGCGAUCCGAUAGAGGUGCCCAGUGAAGCCCUGCCAGGCGUGUGCUGUCCCUGGGCUCGAUGCCAGUGUAUUCCCCCGUCCACUGAGCCGCCUGGUACCGGCUCCAAUUACCCCUCGUCAGCCGCGGCUCGGAGUCAGGCCGGCGGGUGGCAGCAGGAGGCGGUCCCGGGGCUGAGGGAGAGGGAGAGGGAGAGCUCCUCACAGCCAGCAGCCGCGGGCAGGACACUCCGCUUCACCCAACUCCGCACUGUCCCACUCGCUCGGCAAGUUCUCCGCAGGAUGACUGAGAAAGAAACCCUGAACGAUUCCGGCCAGCCCCAGCAGGACGAAGCCCCUCGCUCCCCGGUUCAGAAACUGAAGUCACUCUUCCACAGGAAGCAGAAAGAGCCCAUCAAGGAGGAGAUCUUACCCGAGCAGCCCAAUGGCGAGAUUGUCAACACUGGCGGAGGGGUGGUCUACUACUACUACGAGGAAGAGGAGGACGAAGAGGAAGAGGAAGAGAAGGAGCUACCACCCCCAGAGCCUCCCAAGCCUGUCAAUGACAAACCCCACAAGUUCAAGGACCACUACUUCAAGAAGCCAAAGUUCUGUGAUGUCUGCGCCCGGAUGAUUGUCCGUGAGUAUCUCACGCUUCUGCAUCGAGUGAGACCGAUGGCAGAGAGAGGCUGA